AUGCCUCACAGUCCUUAUCGGCGCUCCGUGAGCCCCAGUACUGACAAUGCGGCGAGGAAAUCCACCUUUGCAGACUUACCAACUGAGAUUAUGCAGAUGAUUACAGAAUACCUGCUACCAGUUGAUGCAGCUUCAUUCUCUCUUUGCAACCGCACCAUUCUCCACGUACUUGGACGUGGCCGUCUUGAAUUCCCCGACUCCGAGACACGAAUGCAGUUCCUGGUACAACUGCAGCGGGAUCUCCCUUCUUAUUUCUUCUGCGAGUCCUGCUCCGUUCUUCAUCCGUGUGAUUACAUUGGCCCUCCAGGUCCAGCAUUUCAGCCCACCGAGCGUCUCCGCGGGCAUCUUGAAAACAAUGAACUACCCAGCCUCUGGCGCUCGGUUGAUGUGCAUCCCAUGCACUCCCUGUAUGACUUUAACAUUACUCACUUGCAGCUUGCAAUGAAGAGACACUAUUACGGCCCUGCGCAUGGCAUCUCUACCGAGUCAUUAUCCUAUUCUGAAGUGCGAUUCUUCGAAGAGAGAUCCAUAACUACCUUGUUAUCCGUGGAGGCACGGGCUUGCUUUUCCGAUAGCCUGUGUCUGCGCAUUCAAAACUGGGCAUUGGUGAAGACUGCAAGCUCUGACCAAUUCGUUUCAGGGAUAGGUUUUAUAUGGAUCUGCACGCAUCUCAGCAUUCGUGACGCGAAUAUAUCCCAAUUCGUUCGAUCGAAAUUAGAUGCAUACCACAAUGGUAGAGAAUCACACACUACCUCACCCAUCUUCAAAUGCCGCAUGUGCGGUAUCGAUUAUCAGCUACAGAUUCGGAGCUGCGGUGACGAAGGCCCUGCUUUGGUCAUCACAAAGUGGCUAGACCUUGGAGUAGGCAUGGCCCCAACAACGGGAGACGAAUGGAAAAGGCAUCUUGGAUCGAGCCCCCUUCCAGAAACAGGUGCUUUAUGUGCCGACUCCGCCGGAAACGUUCUCUUGCUCUUUGACAGUAAAGCUGGACCGUCACUCGACUCACUCACCAGGCAAAACGAGUCAUACUUGGUUGGCAGGCGUUUCAUGGAGGAGAUGGAUUGGUGGGAUCAGAAAACAUGGAUCUUGCAGGGAGGGAAGCGACUACCGAGUGAUUACCCUCGACCGCCGGCACCGGCCCCUGACUGUGCUUCGAAGCUGAAGGAAUCUACUGAUGCGAUCAAGGAUCUCACUGCUCAGAUCGCAGUUCUAUCUCGGACAGUAGAGGAGAGGACCCAAGCAAUUCAGCACUUGGCAUUGGGUCGGAUUCCUUGA